AGUAGUUUAGUACUAUGGCUGCAGUUUGUGAGUUUCGUUUUGUCGCACGGACACUGUUUAGUUUUUCGAGUCCUUACUGCACCAAACGUUUUGUCCACAGCAGUGGAGUAAACACUGGGAAAAGGCAUUUAUCUACGAUAAUAAAAAUACAUGCAUUUAGUCAAACAUCAAGAAUAUAUCGCAAGUCUGAGCGAUGCAUCAAACAUUGGCGUUGUCUAAGUAAUGUUUGCAAAAUUGAUAAAAUUUCAUUUUACACAAGAAGCCCAAAAAAUACUCGAACUGAGAGGUUGAACUACGAAAGGAGAAAGUCAUUUCCAUUAUGCAGAAUACAAACUCAUCCACUGAAGUGCAGUGUGGGAGCAUUUCAUGAAAGUGCCAUCAAAACUAAUGAUGCUGAAAAGAAGGGGGAAGAAAAUACCAAAAAUUCAGUUUCAGGGAAAAACAUUAAUAAAAGCGAAGAACAAGACACUAAAAAAGAAAACAUACUGACAGUGCCCAAUGCCCUUACAGUAUCCAGGAUAGUACUGUCUCCAUUCCUUGGCUACCUGGUGCUGCAUGAGAGCUACACCUGGGCCUUGGGAUUGUUUGUUUAUGCUGGAACAACUGAUUGGAUAGAUGGCUACAUUGCCAGGAAAUUCCCCAGCCAGAGGUCAGCUCUCGGAAGCCUGAUUGAUCCACUGGGGGACAAGAUUUUGAUGACCAUUCUCACUGUCACACUGACCCAAGUGGACUUGCUGCCAUUCCCCCUUGCUGCUUUGAUCAUUGGCAGAGAUGUAGCUUUGCUGACAGGGGGAAUCUAUAUCAGAUACAGAAUGUUGCCCCCUCCAAAAACCCUUUCCAGAAUAUUCAAUCCUUCAUUAUCAUCACACAAUGUGAACCCAACUGCGUUAAGCAAAUUUAAUACAUUUUGCCAGAUCUCAUUGAUUGCUGGUACCCUUGGAGCUCCAAUUUUUAACUAUGUGGAUCAUACAGUAUUGCAUGGGAUGUGGUAUGUGACUGGGGCAACCACUUUGCUGUCUGGACUGAGCUAUGUUUUUAGCAAGGACACUUAUUCUUCAAUUCAAAAUAAAAACUCUACCAAAGAAAGGUAGCACAGUGGACAAAAUUGAAUGAACUUGACACCUCUUCAAGACACACUUAAAGGGAUAAUAACUCUUUGUAUGAGAUCUCAAUUUCAUGAUAAAAACAUUGUGAACAACUCAUAGAU